UUAUCACGUCGUAAAGUUACAAACUAAAAAGUGCUCGAUUUUGUAUAGUAAAUAUCUGCAGAGCUACGAAACUAUGGACCAGAACUGGGCUGCCGAGCAGAACAUCUUCGAGGUCACCCAGAAGACGGAGAAGAAUCGCCACCAAACGGACAUCGAGCGCCUGGCGAAGACGCACUGGCUCAGCGACUAUGCCCGGGACAUAUUUUUGACCAUGCGGGAGCAGGAACUUCGCCGCCUGCCCAUGUUUUUCCUUUCGUCGCAAGUGGACGAUCGCCCAAAGCUGCUGCAGUUCCUCCAACUGAUGGUCCGCACCCACAAACUGAGUCGCUGUGCACUGCACUUGGCCGUUUACUACCUGGAUCGCUUCCUCGACUACUACAGAGUCCGACCAGAUAAGCUGUUCCUAGUGUCCAUCACCUGUCUUCACCUGGCAGCUCAAAUCGAGAACACCGAUGCGUUCAUACCGCGCUUCAGCGAGUUGAACCAAUUGGUGCGGAAUGUCUACACAAUAUCCGAAUACAAGGUGGUGGAGAGGAAGCUGCUGUGCUUCCUCAACUUCGAGCUGGUGCGUCCCACAACGGCCAGUUUUGUGGAGCUGUUCGCCUGCAGCUUCCUCACUCGCUCCGACUUUGCGGCCUACAUUGAGAUGUUGGAUGAGUGCGAGAGGGAUCAUAAUAUACAGCCGUAUCGGCGGUACGGAAGCUUCGAACAAAUGCUGGCUAGCCUGGCUCAGCAGCUGCUCCGCCUGGCCGACUACACAUUGAACAUUUACAGCUUCUCCAAUGAUUCACCCUCGCUGUUGGCCGCCGCCUGCAUUGCUGCGGUGCGGCAGGUCAGCGGGGUCAAGCGCUGGUCGCAGUACCUCAUCGGACUGACCUCCUACACCGAGGCCCAUGUGCAGCCCUACAUGGACGUGCUGACCGACUACUAUUACUAUCAGACCAUUCAGAAUGUCUGCGAGUGUCCCGUCGUCCCGAACAACCAGACUCUAUCGAGUCCCGACUCUGGAUUCGAGGAGUCGCUGACUGAGAACACGCAGCUGCUGGUCUCCGAUGAAGUGGUCACCGUGGAGGUGGAGACCUACAACAUCAUCACCGUGCAGCUGCAGAACACAGCCCCAGAGUCUUCAAAAGCCCUACCUGAAAUACAAUCCCAUCUGAAGCGCCCGCGCUUCGAAGAUAAUCCUGAUACGCCCCGUCCAUCUAAGCAAGCCAGGUUCCAAAACGAACCCAAAGGUUUGCAAGCCGAAAAAUAGUAAGAACUAUUACCAUUUAAAAGAAAUCGAAAUAGUCUCAAGGUUCCUAAGAAAUCAUUAACGUAGAUAUCAGCCUGUUCAAUUGAGUUGAACGCGCGACAUAUCGAAAUCGUAUUAAUCUGCUUUAAUAUAUAUGU